AUGAUAGAGGCAUCUCUGUCCGAGCUGGGAGAGGGUGCAAGCAAGGGCGAGUUGGGGAAGGAGGCGGGAGCAGGUGCAGGGGAAGUGGCGGUAGGGGAAGAGGGGACUGGGGAGGAAGGAGUGGAUGAUGAGUUGGUGGGGGGGGACGGGGAGGAGAAAGAGCAUGGAGUGGGAGUGUUGAGCUCGCUCAUCUCUUCGUAUGACCCCAUGGCUGCCGUGCUGCUGCAGAGUGAGGUAGGUGGGGGGGUAGAGGACCACACAGACGAGCAGAAGGAGAAGGGGGAGCAGGAUGAAAAGAGGGAGAGGAAGGAAAAGAGGGAGCAGAAGGAGAAGGGCGAGCAGAGGGAGAAGAGGGAGAGGAAGAAGGGAUUGACUAAGGAGAAUGGAGGAGAAGAAGAGGAGUGGGGCAUGACGGGAGAGUGUAAGGCAGGCAGAGGGAUGAAGACGGGUGGUAGCACGAGGAAGCAAGAGCAGAGCAGGAAGCACAAGGGUCAAGGCACAGGGAAGAAAGAGAGUGCGAGGAAGAGCAGGCAAGGAGAGUCGAGGCGAUUGCAUGAGCAGACCAAGAUGCAGCAGCACUUGCAGCAGCAGGAGAUGCAGCACCAGUUGCAGCAGGAGACACACGCUCCAAGUUCACCUCCCUCUCACGCAUACCAAUCCGUCUCACCAUUCUAUGCUCUUGUUUUUGAGGCGCCUCAAAAACAAUCUUCUCGCACUCCUGAAAGCCACGCACCUCCUUCUCACACAGGCCAUUCCGUCUCACCACCCUAUGCUCCUCAAUUGGACUCUCCUGAGCCCCAGUCCCCCGUCACUGCCAUCCCUUCUCGUACUCGUGAAGGCCUUUCACCACCCCAUGCUCCUCUCUCGCACGCUCCUGAGUUCGAGUCCCCCAUCCCUGCCAUCCCCACUCGUUCCGUCUCUACAAGCUCCAUCCCCGCUCGCAUGCCUGAAAGCCGCUCGCCUCCAUCUCACGCAUACCAAUCCGCCUCACCACCCUUUGCUCCUCUCUCGCACGCUCCUGAAUCCAUAGCGCCCUUUCCGUCCUCUCCAGUAGCCCCACCCACACACCCGUCCCAUCAGAGCUCUACAUCGGGCGAACCACAUUCUCACCACCAAAUAUUAUCACACGUGCACCAGUCACACUCGUAUCAGUCACACCUGUACCAGCCACAUCCGUACCAGCCCAUACCGUCUCAACCGUUGGCUCUCUCACACGCCCACUCAACCCUUUCCCACUCAAUCACAACCCCAUCCCAUGCAUUCACAUCCCACGCACUCACAUCCCAUACGGUCACAGCCCCCACCCCCUCCCUGCUCGCCCUCCGCUACGUAACCGCCCUAGAGGAGCGAAACCGCCUCUCCGCCGCCAAGCUAUCCCAAUCCGCCCUCUCAGUAUCCCUCCACGCGCAACACUUAGCCGCCACAGACCUUUCAAAUCACCUCAUGGCUCAGAAGGUCGAGCUUUCCAAAGUAGAGAAGGCGAGGAGGGAGCGGGAGGGGCGGGAGAGGCGAGGGCGAGAGGAGCUAGCAGGAUUUGCGAGGGCGUGUGCUGAUGAGUUGGUUGCGGGGUUGCUGGUGAUGCUGGUGGUGAUAGGAGCGACUGGGUGGAGGUUUGCAGGGGAGAGGCUGGCUGCUGGCGUGGCGGCUUGCCAGGUUCGGCACGAUCCUGCGUUGGACGCUUCGUCUUUUCUCGGGGUUUCGUUCUCCCGCCCGGACCGGUCGCUGGUGACGUGGCUGCGUCUGAUUGGGUGCAAGCUGACCGUUGCCGGGCAGAUGCUGCUGGCGUUUCUGGUCGCGUCUGCCACUACUUAUAUCAUGUUGCUCAAUAACGUGGCUGCUGCUACAGGAGCGGGGAGCGCCCAUUCCCGCCCGGCUACCACCAUUGUGCUGUGCCUGGGGUGUGUGUGCGGUUACUUUGGGUUCUAUGCGGUGCGGCUGGCAGGGGGGGAUGCGGUGGUGUGGCUGGUGUGCUGGGAGGCGCUGUGCGUGCUGCAUGCUUUAGUGGCAUGGCGGAAGGAACAGCUGUUUCGAAUGCUGUAUGGUCGGAGGGCGGGGGAGGAGGUGGAGGAGGUGGGGAAGUUGGGGAUGGGGGCGGAUGGGAAGGGGGAUAGGAGAGGGGGGAUUGGCGAGUCUUGUGCAGGGGAUACAACAGGGCGCCCAAGAGAGCAUUCGGGGAAUAAUGGCGACGCAGACUACAGAGGGGGUAGUGGGAGGGGCAGCAAAAGGGACGUGGGGUGGAAGGGGCUUGGCAUUGGGAAGAUGGUGGGGGGCGUGUGGAGGCGGAUGGCUGAGAUCGUGACAGCUGUCAUGGAUGAUGACGUGGAUGGGCUGGUGAUGGGGCGGUGGUGGGCGGCAAACGGACCAGGGUCGGUCGGCAGGUCUGCAUCACGGCGCUCGUCUUCUUCUUCCGUGUCCAAUCCAGCAGAGAACGUUAUUCGCUUUAUUGGAGCACUCUUUAGCGAGGCUUGGAUGAUGGCAGCAGGUUGGGUAUGGCAGUGGGAGGCCCGGGAGCAGGAGAGAGGUUGGGAUGGGCUGAAUGGGCAAGGGUAUGGACACGUUGGAAUGGGUGCAGAGUCGUUUACAGCAGCAGGAGCAUCGCCAGAGGCUGGUGGUGGGGGUAUGGCACGAUACUGGGAAGAUGAUUUGUAG